GGAGGUCUCCCGUCUGUGUCCUCGUCGGUUGGUCAGUGAGAGGCUGUGACAGCUGCUUUAGCUUCCCGCCCCCGAGAAGCCGAGGUGCGUGGGGGGAGGGGAAGAAGGAAAAGGCCCAGGUCCCGUUUCCGCUCACUCCUUCCCAGGGUUAAGAUCAUUCCGGAGAGCAGCGGCAAGGAUCUUCCUCGACGUGAGAGCUGCGGGGUUCCCAGCAGACAGGCAUGUCUGACUGCAGCAAUGGUACUGCUACUCUUGGUGCAUCUAAACCAGCCACAGAAGAAGUCAAGUCUAAUUCUGAGGAGUCUACCAUGGCUCAAGAUUCUCCCAAAAAUUCAGCAGCAGAGAUCCCAGUGACCAGUAAUGGGGAAGUUGAUGACUCUCACGAACAUGGCUUUAACAGGGAUUUGAAGCGUUCAUUACCAGCUGGACUUGGUCUCUCAGAAACCCAAAUUACAUCUCAUGGCUUUGACAGUACCAAAGAGGGGGUUGUUGAAGCAGGAGCAUUUCAAGGUUCCUCAGCACCACCAUUGCCAUCUGUUAUGUCUCCUAGCAGGGUUGCAGCUAGUCAACUGGCUCAGCAAGAAAGUGAUGUAAUUGUUCCCGCAGGUGGCCAGAGAGCACAGACAAAAAGUGGACCAGUUGUUCUAGCAGACGAAAUUAAAAAUCCUGCAAUGGAAAAGUUAGAACUUGUUAGAAAAUGGAGUCUAAACACCUACAAGUGCACUCGACAAAUUAUCUCUGAGAAGCUAGGCCGUGGAUCAAGAACUGUGGACCUUGAACUUGAAGCUCAGAUUGACAUAUUAAGAGACAACAAGAAAAAGUAUGAAAAUAUUCUAAGACUGGCUCAGACAUUGUCAAACCAGCUUUUCCAGAUGGUGCAUACCCAAAGGCAACUUGGAGAUGCAUUCGCUGACCUGAGUUUGAAGUCGCUAGAACUCCACGAAGAAUUUGGCUAUAACGCAGAUACCCAGAAGCUGCUGGCUAAAAACGGAGAGACUCUUCUUGGAGCCAUUAAUUUUUUUAUCGCCAGUGUGAACACUUUGGUGAAUAAAACAAUUGAAGAUACAUUAAUGACUGUGAAACAGUAUGAAAGUGCCAGGAUCGAAUAUGAUGCCUAUCGCACUGAUUUGGAAGAACUGAAUCUCGGACCCCGUGAUGCAAACACUCUGCCAAAGAUUGAGCAGUCACAGCAUCUGUUCCAAGCACAUAAGGAGAAAUAUGACAAAAUGCGCAAUGAUGUUUCUAUCAAGUUGAAAUUCCUAGAAGAAAAUAAGGUCAAAGUGCUGCACAACCAGCUGGUCCUUUUCCACAAUGCCAUUGCCGCUUACUUCGCUGGGAAUCAGAAGCAGCUCGAACAGACCCUUAAACAGUUCCACAUCAAAUUGAAAACGCCUGGAGUGGAUGCCCCAUCUUGGCUUGAAGAACAGUAAAAUCACUCCUGGAAACAAACAAACAAACAAACAAAAAGAAAGUCACAUUGGUAUAUUUCUAAACAAGCCUAAUUAAGCAGAGUUGGGAGAAGAGAAAUGGGGCAAAAACUGUUGUAGAGAUUCUCGCACAAACAGCUUUAAUUUUUCCCUUUUUCCUACUUUAACAAUUGAACUGUUAAAUCUGAUGGGAAGGCGGGUGGCUUUAAUGUAAACAUAGUUUCUAUAAUCUGAACACAGUAAUUUUCCUUUUUCAGAAGUCCUUUUGUAUUGUAAGGGUCGACGGCUAUUUCUGUAGUUUGAAAACACCUAAUAUAGAUUUGCACUGACCAGAUAAAAAUUCACGGUUCUUGGCCCUGGGAGUGAGGGCCAGUUGUAACUUUUCCAAAGGGAGGUUUACAUGAUUUGUAUCAACAUCAGAUAUUUUAUAUAAGAAUGUAUUAAACAUCUUUAAGAGAUUCAUUUUCAUGUAUUA